GUGAAUCCGAAACGACUUCAAAAAGCAAAAUCCUUCCUCCAGUCUUAGCCUGUGAACCGUGAUCUGCUAAGCCCAACACUGACUGAGAAACACUCUCAGCACCCUUGUUAAUUUUUACCUCCUGACAUCUUCAGUUUUUCAUCAAUAAUCUCAUAUUACGAGUUACCUUCCUGUUCAAACUCACACCCAAAGAUACUAUUUUCGAUUCUAAAGUGCAUAAUCCAUUGAAAGUUUGCAUCUUUAUAUAUAAAACAGAGCUUCUGCAUGAAUGAUCCCAUUUUGAUAUUGUUUCCCUCUGAAUUUCAACAAUUUCCAAGAAACCCAUCAGAGAUUUUUAGCCAUAUGAUAGAUUGAACCAUUUGAUCUCAAACUUAUACUGCUCUUCUUUGUUUCAAUUUUGCUCCUUUAAUCUCUGAAACAAUGUCGUCGUUCUUGUACCAAAGACCAAUUCACAACCCACUUUCAGAUCCAUACCCAAUAUCCCCGCGCUCUUCGUCAAAUUCUCAAAAAUCGUAUUCGAUCUUCAGCCCCACAGCGCUUCUAGUCCUUCUCUCACUCAUGGUGGUCAUGGGGGUCUUCUUUCCCUGGGUGGGCAUGCGAGAGAGCCUAUUCUCAGUCACCAAGCCCUCAAUCUCAAAGUGGCGGGACUACACAUUGGCUCAAGCUGUUUCAUUCGUGGCCCAAAAUGGGACUGUGAUUGUUUGUGCUGUGAGCCAGCCUUACUUGCCUUUUUUGAACAAUUGGUUGAUAAGCAUUACCAGGCAAAAGCACCAGGACAAGGUGCUUGUGAUUGCUGAAGAUUAUGCUACGCUUUAUAAGGUGAAUGAGCGGUGGCCGGGCCACGCAGUGCUUGUCCCGCCUGCACUUGAUUCUCAAACUGCCCAUAAGUUUGGUUCUCAGGGAUUCUUCAACUUUACUUCCCGAAGGCCACGCCACCUGUUGCAUAUUUUGGAGCUUGGAUACAAUGUUAUGUACAAUGAUGUUGAUAUGGUCUGGUUGGCUGAUCCUUUUCCCUAUUUGGAAGGGAAACAUGAUGUGUACUUCACGGAUGAUAUGACUGCAGUCAAACCUCUGAACCACUCUCAUGAUCUGCCGCCUCCAGGGAAGAAAGGGCGCACUUAUAUAUGCAGCUGUAUGAUUUUUCUACGUCCAACCAGUGGAGCAAAAUUAGUUAUGAAGAAGUGGAUUGAGGAAAUGAAAGAUCAACCGUGGUCCAGAGCAAAGAAGGCCAAUGAUCAGCCUGCUUUUAACUGGGCACUAGACAAACUUGCUAACAAGGUGGAUCUCUACCUACUGCCGCAGGCAGCAUUCCCAACUGGAGGGUUAUACUUCAAGAACAAGACGUGGGUGCAGGAAACUAAAGGGAUGCAUGUUAUAAUCCACAACAAUUAUAUCUUGGGUUUUGAGAAGAAGAUAAAGCGCUUCCAUGAUUAUGGUCUCUGGUUGGUUGAUGAUCAUGCCCUCGAGUCCCCUCUUGGGAGAAUAUGAGAUUGAAAGAUGUCAUGGAUAUUUGUUAACAUAGAAGCUCAGUUCUAUCGAAGCCUGCAGGAAAUGCUUCCUACCAAUUCGUCUGGCCUUCCUGCAUGAUGGUUUUUGUAACAGACUGUGAAAGGGAAUCUGGUGUUGUCGGCCAACUGUUGUUCUGUACUGAUGGUUUGUUCAAAGCAAUGAAUAUGGAUCAAGAAUGAGGCAGGAUGUUUCAUUCACUUGUUGAUGUUUGGCAGGGGACUUCAGAUAGCCUAUACAACGAGGUC